UGGGUGGGGAAGUACCCUGGUCAUGUGACUUGUUUUCCUGAUAGCCCCAAACAAAGCACAGUCGAGAGUGAGCUGCGCUGCGAUCCACGGGUGGUGCAACGAGCUCAGUGCGAGUCGUCUUUUCGCUCAGUCGUCAGUGUUCUCUUUGACUCAUCAUCUCGGCGUCAAGGCGUCAGUUCGUGAGUCAAGACAAUGAAGGGUCUGUUCUGUUUCGUGGCCGCGGCCCUCCUGGUGGCCCUGGCCAGUGCCGAGACCGGCAGCUUCUGCUACGGAGAUGUCAACAUGAAGUGCAGCAGCAGCGCAGAUGAGGCAGUUGCUAUCCCCAACUGCAAUGCGGUCUACGGUGGUGCUGCCAGCGCCAUGGAGCAACUGUCCAACUACGUCAACACCCACAUCACUCGCAGUUUCCAGUAUCUGCUCAUGUCUACCCAUUUUGGAAGCUACGAGGCCAACCGCCCCGGUUUUGAGAAGCUCUACCGCAUCCUCUCUGACCAAAACUGGGAGGCAUCUUUGGGUCUCAUCAAGCACAUGACCAAGCGAGGUGGCAAGAUGAACUUCAACUACCGAGAGGCCGACAAUCUGGCCAAUGAGCCUGCGAAGAAGGAAGUUUAUGAACUUCAUGAGCUUGGCAGUCUGGCACGUGCUCUUGACAUCCAGAAGUCCCUUGCUGAAGAGGCAUUCCACAUUCAUCACACUUGCUCUGCCAAGGAUCCUAAGCACCAUGAUGCUGAGCUUACUCACUACUUGGAGGAGAACUUCAUUGAGAAGCAGGCUGAUACUAUCCGCAACCUUGCUGGUCACACCUCAGACCUGAAGAACCUUCUGAAGUCUUCUGAUUCUAGCCUCUCCAUGUUCCUCUUUGACGAGUACCUCUUCAACAAGCUGUCUGGAUAAUCUGUCAUUUUAGAUGUUUAGUUGUGAUUUUUCACUUCUAAAUUUCCAGUAACUCUUUUUAUUUACUCUGAUCAAAUUUUAUAACUGUCUAGCAUAUUUUUCAUUAAAUCAUUCAAGUUGCUUUAUUAUA